AUGUCUCAGGGAAUGAACAGCGCAGGGGUGGUCAGCACAGGAGUGUCCACCUCCACAGCUGUAUCCACAUCCAAAUCCCUCAGUGAUGAUAUUCCCCGGAAAUACAUCCUGGUGGAAAAGGAGAACAUUCCAAUGAAAAGGGACACAGAGGUCCUCAUCCUGGCAAAGGACAGCGGGAAACAGUUUAGCAACAGUGGCACUGGAUGGAGGACGGAGAUCCAGAAGGAGGAGGAGUAUGGGGGAGGUGGGGGCUGCUGCGGCUGCCUGACAGGCUGCUGCUCCUGGUGGAAGUGGCUGCUGGGGCUCCUGCUGGGCCUGCUACUGCUGCUGGGACUGCUGUUUGGACUAAUCGCACUGGCGGAGGAUGUGAGGAAGCUGAGGGCUCGUGUGGAUGCUUUGGACUCUUCCACGGCCCGCACCAGUCGCUUCACUGGCAAUAACGACAGCGGGGUCCUUGGCCGGGCCGACAACACCCUGAAUCUGGGGGCGGCACUUCCCACGGACGGUGCAGCACUGCAGAGAAUUGUUCAACAGCUACUGAGAGCAGAACUACAAUCUGAGUCUGUUCACGCGACCUUAGCUUCCUCAGUGCGAACAGAGAGAGGACCUCCAGGGCCCAAAGGUGACUCAGGAGCGCCUGGAUCUAAAGGUGAUACAGGUUUCCCUGGGUUACCGGGUGCUCCUGGCCUAUCUGGACAACCAGGACAUGAGGGACCAAAAGGACAGAAAGGAAGUGGUGGGGAUCAUGGUCCAGAGGGACCCCAAGGGUUGAGGGGCCGAGAAGGGCCAGCAGGACCUCGUGGGGAGCUUGGACCUCAAGGAUUUGGCAUCAAGGGUGAAAGAGGGUCUUCUGGUGAUGCUGGACCUCCUGGUCUUCCUGGAUCGGUUGGUUCUCCUGGACCCAAAGAAUGA